UCCUGCUCAGGCUUCUUGAGAGACACUUUUUUUUUGCCUGUGAAAGAAAGAAAGGAAAGAAAAGGGGCAAGAAGAAAAACCCGACUCUCCAAAAUGGGAGGUCAGUCCAUGCUGACUCUUGCCAUCCUCUCUGUGCUGCUUUGCCAUUGCCAGGUGCGCUGCUCCGGGGUGUUCGAGCUGAAGCUGCAGGAGUUUGUCAAUAAGAAGGGGCUGCUGGGGAACCGCAACUGCUGCCGCGCGGGGAGCGGCGGCCCCGGCGCCGGGCUGCAGCAGUGCGACUGCAAGACCUUCUUCCGCGUGUGCCUCAAGCACUAUCAGGCCAGCGUAUCCCCCGAGCCGCCCUGCACCUACGGCAGCGCCAUCACCCCGGUGCUGGGCGCCAACUCCUUCAGCGUGCCCGACAGCGCCGGCGGCGCCGAGCCCGCCUUCAGCAACCCCAUCCGCUUCCCCUUCGGCUUCACCUGGCCCGGCACUUUCUCUCUCAUCAUUGAAGCUCUUCAUACAGAUUCUCCCGAUGACCUCAACACAGAGAACCCAGAGCGCCUUAUCAGUCGGCUGGCCACACAGAGGCAUUUGACAGUGGGGGAAGAGUGGUCCCAGGACCUGCACAGCAGUGGCCGCACGGACCUCAAGUACUCCUACCGCUUUGUGUGUGAUGAACACUACUAUGGAGAAGGCUGCUCUGUCUUCUGCCGGCCCAGGGAUGAUGCCUUUGGCCACUUCACUUGCGGAGAGCGUGGAGAGAAGGUCUGCAACCCAGGCUGGAAGGGCCAGUACUGCACCGAACCAAUUUGCUUGCCUGGAUGUGAUGAACAACAUGGGUUUUGUGACAAACCUGGAGAAUGCAAAUGUAGGGUUGGGUGGCAAGGGCGUUAUUGUGAUGAGUGCAUCCGAUACCCAGGCUGCCUUCAUGGUACUUGCCAACAACCGUGGCAAUGCAACUGUCAGGAAGGCUGGGGUGGCCUUUUCUGUAACCAAGAUCUUAAUUACUGUACCCAUCAUAAGCCUUGCAAGAAUGGUGCCACUUGUACCAAUACUGGCCAAGGAAGCUACACUUGUUCUUGCCGUCCUGGGUACACUGGUUCCAACUGUGAGAUUGAAAUCAACGAAUGUGAUGCCAACCCCUGCAAGAAUGGUGGAAGCUGCACCGAUCUUGAAAACAGCUAUUCCUGUACCUGUCCACCUGGCUUCUAUGGUAAAAACUGUGAGCUGAGUGCUAUGACUUGCGCUGAUGGCCCAUGCUUCAAUGGAGGGCGAUGCACAGACAACCCUGAUGGUGGAUACAGCUGUCGCUGCCCAUUGGGUUACUCUGGGUUUAACUGUGAAAAGAAAAUUGAUUAUUGCAGCUCCAAUCCUUGUGCUAAUGGAGCCCAGUGUGUUGAUCUCGGAAAUUCCUACAUAUGCCAAUGCCAGGCUGGUUUUACUGGAAGACACUGUGAUGAUAAUGUGGAUGACUGUGCCUCCUUUCCUUGUUUGAAUGGUGGAACCUGCCAAGAUGGAAUUAAUGACUAUUCUUGCACCUGCCCCCCAGGAUACAAUGGAAAGAACUGUAGUGCUCCAGUCAGCAAAUGUGAACACAACCCUUGUCACAAUGGGGCUACUUGCCAUGAAAGAAACAACCGUUAUGUGUGUGAGUGUGCUCGGGGAUAUGGUGGACUCAACUGCCAGUUUUUGCUCCCUGAACAGCCUCAGGGACCUGUAAUUGUUGACUUCACUGAGAAGUACACUGAAGGUCAGAAUGCACAGUUUCCUUGGAUUGCAGUAUGUGCUGGGAUUAUUCUGGUCCUGAUGCUAUUGCUGGGGUGCGCUGCUAUUGUUGUCUGUGUCAGACUCAAAAUGCAAAAGAGGCACCAUCAGCCUGAUGCAUGCAGGAGUGAAACAGAGACCAUGAACAACUUGGCCAACUGCCAACGUGAAAAGGACAUUUCAAUAAGUGUCAUUGGUGCCACUCAGAUUAAAAACACAAAUAAGAAAGUAGACUUUCACAGUGAUAACUCUGAUAAAAAUGGCUACAAAGUUAGAUACCCAUCAGUGGAUUACAAUUUGGUGCAUGAAUUUAAGAAUGAGGACUCUGUUAAAGAGGAACACAGCAAAUGUGAAGCCAAGUGUGAAACAUACGAUUCAGAGGCAGAGGAGAAAAGUGCAGUACCACUAAAGAGUGAUACUUCUGAAAGAAAACGACCAGAAUCAGUAUAUUCCACUUCAAAGGACACAAAGUACCAGUCGGUGUAUGUCAUAUCAGAAGAGAAAGAUGAAUGCAUCAUAGCAACUGAGGUGUAAAACGGAAGUGAUAUGGCAAAGUUGUUGUUCAAACAAUUUCAAAGGAGAUAUGCCCCAAUGAAUGCUGCUGAAAGAGGAAAGGGAGAUAGAUUCCUUCACUGACUGCUGCUGAGAAACUAAAUUCAGGCUGAGCUGGUUCUCUACUGAAGUUAGCAAAGUGACUGCAAAAAAACAAGAUGGACACUAGGCAAGGAUCUGUGUUCAAGAAUAACUGUUGCACUGCCUUUAUGAAUUUUAUCAUUGCACUAUGGUCAGUUGCUUUUCUAUAUAUAUUUAAAUGAAGGGACUUAAUUACUACAUAAGAAGCAUGCACUGCGUGAAGUGUAUAUUUUGGAUUCUUACGAGCCAGUCUUUUCUUGAAUUAGAGACACAAACACUGCCUUUAAUGUCUUUUUUGAUACUAAAAUGUGUUUUUACUAGGUGAAAAAAAGUGUGUUAUUUUUUUGAAUCUGUAAAAAUAUUUUCAUGAUAAUUGUAAAGCUUGAGUAUUUUGUGAUGUUCAUUUUUUUAUAAUUUAAGUUUUUUGGUAAAUAUGUACAAAGGCACUUCGGGUCUAUGUGACUAUAUUUUUUUGUAUAUAUAUGUAUUUAUGGAAUAUUGUGCAAAUGUUAU